UAACAUAUUCGUUAACAAUUUAUAUUCUAACCUUUUUUAAAGAUAUAUGUUCUACCUUUCAUAUAAUAUUGUAUACACAAAAUUAGAAAUUUUUAUUAUCUUACAAAUAUGGCACUAAUUUUAAAAACCAUUAGCGGAUUCCAACUGUUCAGUAAAUGUAUAAAACAAAGUCCCUACAUGAUAACUGUUCCUACUCGUGGUAGGAGACAAAAUCCUCCACCAAGAAAACGUCUCCCUGAGUGGCUUCCAAAACCAUUACAUUUGGCUCGUAGUGAACAUCUUACUGCAGAAAAUAAAGCAUUUGUCUCAGAAGUAUCAGCCGAUUUUCUUAAUAAAUCUCCAUUAAACACAGAAUUGAUUCCAUCAAAUAUACCUUGGACUAAAGAUUCUAAACGUACUGGUUUAAUUGGUAAAAAGAUAGGAGUAUAUCCAAUGUGGUUAAAAAAUGGAAAAAAAGUACUUGCUACUUUAAUACAGAUCAUAGAUAAUGAAGUUGUAAAGUAUAUACCACCAGAAGAAUAUAAACCAACUAUGUACCAGAAACAUAAAAUACAUAAAGUGAAACAUGGUUGCCUUAUAUUAGGUGCAGAGAAUAUUGAUCCACAAUUAAUUACUAAAGAAUAUAGUGGAAUAUUCAAUGCGACUGGAGUUGUACCAAAAAGACAUUUAAUGCGUUUUAUAAUUUCACCAAAUGCUGCUAUUCAACCUGGAACUUCUUUAUUUGCAACUCAUUUCAAACCAGGAGAAUUUCUUGAUAUUCGAGGAAAAACGAUAGAUCGUGGCUUUCAAGGUGUCAUGAAAAGAUGGGGUUUUAAAGGUAUGCCUGCAUCUCAUGGUACAACCAAAACACAUAGAAGGCCAGGUAACAUAGGUUCAGGAAGUGAAAUGGCUAGAGUCAAACUAGGCACAAAACUGCCUGGACACAUGGGAAAUCGUUGGCGUAUUAUUAGAGGUGUAAAGAUACUACGAAUAAACACUAAAUAUAAUAUAAUUUGGGUAUUAGCUCAAAAUAUACCAGGAGAAGUAAAUACCAUGUGCUAUUUAUACGAUACGAUUUUACCUCUUAAAAGAAAUACUUCGCCACAUUUUCCCACAUAUAUACCAAAUGAAAACACAAAUGAACUUCCUGAAAACCUUUAUGCGGAUGAUGUUCACCAAUUUACUGAUCCAACUAUAGUAUUUCAACCAGAAUCACAAUAAUUGUAAUAAUGUUGUAAAUAAAGAAAAUACUUUUUAAUAAGACCAUGUUUUAUGAAAAUAUUUAAAUCUCUUCGAAUUUCUAGAUAACUUAUCUACCCACGCGAUCAAAAGUCUAGGCAAAAAUUGGCAAUUUAAGUUGCCGUGUUUACGUAAUAGUUUUAUUGUUUAUCCUCUUCCCCUUAUAGAAAUAAUUCAUAGCCGUGAAUUAAGCUAAUAAAGAGUAGUCGAUUUAUUUAUUUAGUAAUCAAUAUUAUUAUAAAUUUAACAUGCCUAAAAU